CCCACUGCAAGCCGGCCCCAGGCCGCCUCGCCGCCGCCCGGCCUCGCUGCGCGCCACCAUGGACAGUCCCGUUUUCCCCUGGUAAAGAUGGCGGUGCGCGAUCGCUGCAACCUUUAGACUAAUGACUGUCCGAAACAUCGCCUCCAUCUGUAAUAUGGGCACCAAUGCCUCUGCUCUGGAAAAAGACAUUGGUCCAGAGCAGUUUCCGAUCAAUGAACACUACUUCGGAUUGGUCAAUUUCGGAAACACGUGCUACUGUAACUCCGUGCUUCAGGCAUUGUACUUCUGCCGGCCAUUCCGGGAGAAUGUGUUGGCAUACAAGGCCCAGCAAAAAAAGAAGGAAAACCUGCUGACAUGCCUGGCAGACCUUUUCCACAGCAUCGCCACGCAGAAGAAGAAGGUCGGCGUCAUCCCACCAAAGAAGUUCAUUUCAAGGCUGAGGAAAGAGAACGAUCUCUUUGACAACUACAUGCAGCAGGAUGCUCACGAGUUUUUAAAUUAUUUGCUAAACACUAUUGCGGACAUCCUGCAGGAGGAGAAGAAACAGGAAAAACAAAAUGGGAAGUUAAAAAAUGGCAACAUGAACGAACCCGCAGAGAGUAACAAACCAGAGCUCACCUGGGUGCACGAGAUUUUUCAGGGAACACUCACCAACGAAACCCGCUGCUUGAACUGUGAAACUGUGAGUAGCAAAGAUGAAGAUUUUCUUGACCUCUCUGUUGAUGUGGAGCAGAACACCUCCAUCACCCACUGCCUGAGAGACUUCAGCAACACAGAAACGCUGUGUAGCGAACAAAAAUAUUAUUGUGAGACUUGUUGCAGCAAACAGGAGGCUCAGAAGAGGAUGAGGGUAAAAAAGCUGCCCAUGAUUUUGGCCCUGCACCUGAAGAGGUUCAAGUACAUGGAGCAGCUGCACAGGUAUACCAAGCUGUCUUACCGGGUGGUCUUCCCUCUGGAGCUCCGACUCUUCAACACCUCCAGCGAUGCUGUGAACCUGGACCGCAUGUAUGACCUGGUCGCUGUCGUUGUUCACUGUGGAAGUGGUCCUAACCGUGGACAUUACAUCACCAUUGUGAAGAGCCAUGGCUUCUGGCUGUUGUUCGACGACGACAUUGUAGAGAAAAUAGAUGCUCAAGCUAUUGAAGAAUUCUAUGGUCUGACGUCAGAUAUAUCAAAAAAUUCAGAAUCUGGAUAUAUUUUAUUCUAUCAGUCGAGAGAAUAACCUAGAGGAGCGUGGGACUAAUUCCAGCGGGGAGAUACUCAAAGCACUAUAGCCUCGUUUCUCUGCAGACCUUCCUCUCCCCCGCCCGCGGCCCACUAGCGUUAUCACUGAUGCCCACUGGUCUGACAGUGUUAACCUUCCUUCCUUUGUGUUUUUACAUGCAGCACUACUCCUGGGUUUGUUCUGGUCUGAGACAGAGUGAACUGCAGUCAGUUGCCAGUCAGAUGUAGAUGAAUAACCGUCGCUGAUUCGAAGACUGAGAUGAAUGUUAUGCCGCUUGUCAUGUCUGACUAAGCUAGAGUGACAUCGUCUGUAAAUGUCACAGCCCAUUUGGAGUGUUUGUUUGGCUUCCCGAAUGGUUUCCAGGGUCUCCUUCCCAUGCAUUCCUUUGACAUAUCCCUGGAAGCAUUGCUACCCGUUGUUAGCUUGCCUGCCUCCUCUGACAGCAGGGGAUAGGUGUGCACCCGUUAAGGCUGCAACCAUAGCUUUAAGUUUGUGCAAGUGAAAGUUUAAAUGCGAGUGACGUCGAUGCCAAGAUCAUCCUCUGCCUUGGAACAGGGUGAAGCAAGGCUGUCGAUGGUGGCCGGCGUUGCACCCAGCCCUGCUUACCUAGCUGAUAGAUCCCAGGGGCUACAACUAUGAAGCUCAGGGCAGACAAAGCCAAGAGGAAGAUGUUUUUGCGGAUAGUGAAAAGUUACUUUUCUUUCUACCGAAAGCCAAGUUUCUGGAAAGCAAUGCACUGCUGUCCCUUUUCGGUGACCAUUUCCUCCUGUCAGGUCCUGUAGUUGUGUUUUUCUUGGAUCUGGCUGCUAAGUUUUUUCAAGCAGUCUUUCCAGUCCUGCUGAUGUGUUGCCAUCAAUGGUAUCGAGGUUAAGAUACCAGUUGGCUGCCUCUGGCACGUCUCUCUUGUUAGCCAGUUAAUGCCAACAUUCUUCCUAGAUGAGGAAGAUGAAUCAAAAGCCCUGUUCACCUUGACAACCAUCAGCAGAUUGUACAGCUUCACUUUUUUAUUUAAAAAACAAAAACAAAAAACCAUAUUCAGUCUGUUUACGGGGGCACUGGUGAGUUCCGGGGCUAAAACAAAACUCUCCCUGAAGGGAAUGCUGGAGUUGUGGAUUGUGAAAUGGGUCACAGGAAGUGUUAAGGGGUGAGUGGAGGGUGAACAAGAUGGCGGCUGGUUCUCUGACUCAGAUUCCUAGAGUGCUUGACAAGACAGUUUCCUGGGAGACCCUCAUCUCACUAUUUUUCCCUUUUGUUAUGUGUGUAUUUAUUAGAGCAUUUGAAUAUUGGUACCUUUUAUCAAAAGGGUUGAUUUGGUGUUUUACUGUUGAGUUAAUUUUAGUUUUCCUACAAUGAGUCAUAGAUCUUGGCUUCCUUUGGGACGUCAGCUGACUUCCAUACACUAGAAUAUACUGUGAACAUGUUAUGUUGUGACCUAACACAUCGGCGGACGAACAUGCAGACUCUUGGCGUAAUGUGAACUAAACUGCAGCUGAAGAUGUCAGUGGCCAUUUGAGGAUAGCACUUUAUCUAGGUGAAAACUGGACUUGUUAUUUUUGAAAUAUCUUGAACUGUUUAGGGCUCAGAACUUAAGCAUCCCGAUCUUUCAUUUGAUCAUGCUUGAAGGGAGGUGUUUCGGUCUUCCCUGGAGAAGGCGGAACAGGGUCAUUUCAUAUUGUUGUCUUUUGCAAGUGGUGAAAAUGGACCUUGCUUUGAUUAGAGGCAAAUGCAUAUUUAUAAAUACUUUGUCUCCCCCCAUCCCAUGAAGCAUAUUUAUUAAUCACUUACCUUGGAGGUGGACCUUUAUUCGUUGAAGAGAGGACUCUCUAGGUGGAAGUGAUUGGUGGAAGGAAAUGUUGGUCCCACAUCCAGCCCAUAUAUUUAACUGUGGGUUAUACAGGUUAAGAAAAUGAUUAUUGGUUUCUAAUACAUUUGGAACUGGUCAUAGAACAAAAGCUAUUAAAAUUGUCUUUGAAACAACUCUUGAAGCUAAUUUAUUAAGCAAAAAUGUUUCAAUUGGAAGCCCAAAUGCUACUGUAAGGUUCAGCACCAUUUUUCAUUUCUUUUUUCUUUUCUUUCUUUUCCUUCCUUCCUUCCUUUCUUUUUUUGGCGAACACAUAAAGCUUUCCCCAGUAAUGUAACCAAAGUCAUUGCUUUUUUUUAAAAAAAAGUAUGUUAAAUUCAGCAUUCACGAAGAGGUUUUUUGAAUAGAAGGAGAUAAGCACGGAGACUUGCACUAACCUUCAGCGGGUUGUGGUGCAGGGCUAAAAGAUCGGAGAAGGACCAAAUACAAAUCUCCAUCAACACGCCAUCCAUUUUUAAAACGUAGGACUGUCUGGUAAUUAUUUACCUCUUUCUCAAUAAAGAAAACAAACUCGAGGCAGCUCUGUUCCACCCCCCUCCCCUAUCAUUUUUCUUUUCAUAGAAAAAUCAUGUUCUAACUUGCCGUCCCUGGUUCCUGGCAUAAAGCAGGGAAUGACAGUGGCGGCGGAGCACGUGAGACCACUCCAAGGUCACAGCGAUAGCACAAAGACCCAGCAACUGUCCCCUAGAUGGGGGUUUGUGUGUUCUUUCUCCAGCAGGAGAAGUAAGCCUGCUGUGUUUCUCUUAAUUUCUGUAAUUGCUGGGUAUUUAAAAAGAAAUUACAGUAUCUUUAAAGAGACUUAAAAACUUUUUUAAAAAUGAGAUGUUUGGUUUUUUUGGUUACUUGCUAGUUUAACAUCUAGAUUCUGGUACAGUAUGCUAAAAUCUUCCGUUUCAAAGCAAACUUUAGUAAAAUGGUGACGCAUGUAGUGCUGUCCCAUUGAUGUGUUCUUUCCAUUCCAAGCCAUCAUCAGGUAGACUGGCUUGAAGAGAGCCAGGAACAGUACAAUCAGGGUGUCAGUCUGAAUAGGGAGCCAUUCCCAUGUGGUUUACAGUCCUGGUUAUAUUCCAGACUAAUGGAAAUCGACAGAAAUGGUCCCUGUGCGUUUGUUUUCAUGGGUACCCUUAAUCUCAUGGGCAUGUCUAAUUGGAAAGUAUGUUCUAACUGGCAAUUAAGGCUUAUUUUAGAUACUGGAGUGUAGCUUUAUUAUGGAUGGAUUUUAUCUUUUAAACAUUUCAUUUUGAUCAAUUUUGUAUAUUCAUGUGUAUUAAAAAUAUUGUGCACUAAAUGUUUUCUCCUGGUUUGCUGUUACCUGGUCAAGGCAUUGGCCAGCACCAUUGUGAUUAGCUCAUGCAAAUGGCAUGGGCCAGAGAAAAUUAUUGCCUAUUUUUCUGCCUAAUUAAAUUUCUGUUUUCUAGUAUUACAUUAA